AUGAAUCGAUUAGGGUUUAAAACGUUGGUGUACCAUGGUGACGUGUAUUUGGGGGAGCUGGACACUGUUCCUGUGAAGGAUGGGAAUUUCCAGUUCCCGAACAAUGAGAUUCGUAUUCAUACAAUCUCCCCCAAAAGUGAGAGAUGUCACCCUCUCUCGGUUCUACAAACAAUUUCCUCUGCUUCAGUUCGGUGCAAACUCGAGCCUAAUGCUAAUACAAAUUCCAAUCCGAAUCCUGAGCAUUUGAUCAAUCUCCACGCGUCUUGCUUCUACGAACUCAAGACGGCAGUGGUGCUACUAGGGAAUGACGAGGUUCAUUUAGUGGCAAUGCCUAGUAAGCAGAAGAAAUUCCCUUGUUUUUGGUGCUACUCAGUGCCGAGUGGUUUGUAUAGUUCAUGCCUAUGGAUGUUGAAUACUCGAUGUUUAGCGAUUGUGUUUGAUCUUGAUGAAACUCUCAUUGUUGCCAACACAAUGAAAUCAUUUGAGGAUAGAAUUGAGUCUUUGCGGGAUUGGAUUGAACGUGAGACUGAUCCGAUUCGGGAAUCUGGAAUUGUAGCUCAGAUGAAGAGAUACGUUGAAGAUCGGGUAUUACUGAAGCAGUAUGCAGAGACUGAUUGUGUUGUGGAUGGUGGGAAAGUGUAUAAUGUUCAACAUGAGGAGGUGCCUCAGUUAUCUGAUGGUAUCGAGCGGGUGGUUCGGCCGGUUGUUAGAUUGCCAGAACAAAAUGUUGUUCUUACUCGCAUUAAUCCUGAGGUUUUCUUUACUGGUGAAAAAAUCGGUGUUGGGAUGGGCAGGACAAGGAAGGAUGCCCAGCAACAGGCUGCUGAGAAUGCCCUUCGUGGCUUAGCUGACGAGCCCAAAACUGUCAAUGUCAGAUUCAAAUUACGGAAGGAAUGUGCAUUUGGCCAGCAAUUCCUAAUUGUAGGAGAUGAUCCAGUUUUCGGUUUGUGGGAUCCAGCAGAUGCUAUUCCAUUGAAUUGGUCAGAUGGACAUGUAUGGUCGGUCAAGCUGCAACACCAUUCUGCUGAGGAGUAUAGAUGA